UUUCCCGGGCACGCAUCCCACCACCACCAGGAGCAUAGCCACACCUCUUUUCCUGCCCAGCAGUAGACAGAGGUUUAACGGGGAAGUCCAGCCCUUAAAAGCCUCCUUCCACAGCAGCCAGCCUCUGCCUCAAACCCUCACACACACCCUCUUUGAGACUUUCAGUCCUGACUGGACUUUUUUCAUCAUUGGUAUUUUAUCCCACCAGCUUGUCUAUCAGAAUGGCUGCCUCUUCCAAAUCGUCACACAAGUUUCUCAACUUUGUCAUCGUUUUGCUGACACUUUGGUCGAUCGUUUCACUUAUCAUCAUAGUGGUAUGGGCCACCUCGCCUGACUUGAAAGGGGCCAGCGAGUGCAAUGCCAACCUGAAGAAACUCAAGGAGAAGUUCACCGAGGAAACAAACACAUGGAACAAGGACCGGCUUGCGUUGGAAGAACUGGUGAGGCAGGGCCGCAACAACCAGAGCCUGUUGCUGACUCACAUCGACCAGCUGAAAGACCAACUGCAAUUCCUCAAUCAGUCCCUGGACUCUUGUCUGCAGCAAAAUGAAAGGCUGAACGAAAACAUCACCGUGCUAAAGGAUGAGAUUGAUCUGCACAUAGCCAUCGAGGCCAACCUAACUGCGAAUCUCACACAGAAGCAAGAACUGAUUGAACUCCUGCAGCAUAAUCUGACCCAGACGAUCAGCGAGUUGGAGUCGUGCAUAAGUUUGAAGCAAGCUGCUCAGAGUCUUCAGGAUGCAGCUGAGAGGCAAACGCAGGGCUGCCAGUCCGGGAAACAGUUCUUACAGAAGCAACUAGAAAAAUGCAAAAGCGUGCCCGAAGCCAGGUCUCCAAAUGAUGGACCCCCUGGGCCACGAAGUGGUGUUUUCCUGGUCGGGCUUUUGAUCAUCAGCUUUCUUUUAAUACCAUAGCGGAGCUGAAAAGAGUUCGAAGAAGAUACAGUAAUUGGAUGCAUGUUUCAGUACAACACUGUUUCAAGACACCUGUAUGACAUGUGCUGAUAACCUGGACUUGAAGCACAUGUUACUUUUGUAUGGAAAAGCACUGCUGUAAAACAAACAGGAACGUUCAGCUCACUAAAUAAGGAUAUUCCUGCAAGUUAUUUACCUUUGAGGGGAAUAUAAAAAGAUGUGGGCUUUUUUGUUGUUCCUUUUAUACAAAACAAAAAGGUUUUGUUUCGGUAUUGAAUUCGAAUAAGCCAUUCAUCAUGAAUCUUUUUUUUUUUUCCUUUUUAAAGUUUAAAAUUAAAUAUAGGUUGAUUAUUAAUUUAUGAUAAGCAUUAUCAGAAAAGUGUCUCUCCCAGUACGAAAUAGAUUUCGAUGCGCACUUCUCUGCUGAGAAGUUAAGACCUGCUAAGAUAUUUAGUCAUAUAAAAUAUUUCUUAUUGUUCUAUCCACAUUCACUGGAUAUGAGCAAUCCUGCGCUCUGACUGGCUACUCUACUACUAGGAUAUCAUCUCAUAUACCAUGAGUAGAGAAAAACGAAAUGGUGGAGUGUUUUGCUGAACUAAUCGAGGAUGAAAUAAAAACUCUACUAGAAAACAAUCCCCCCCCCAAAAAAAAGCAAUAAAAUAUGGAAUAAAAAUAUUUGAUGGGAGCAUUUUUCACAAAUUGCUACUGUUGUUUUGCCGGCUUGUUUACAUUCUAAGCGGAAAUUAUUUUGUCGGACGUUUUGUAUAAAGUUUUUAUUUAUCGAAUUUGCAAAAAAUAAAAACAAAAAAUGCUCCGUUUCUCAAAAUCCAGUGAAUGUGGCUAUAAUAAAACAGUUAUUCCACUCAAUCUCGUCAUCCACGGCUUAUAGCCAAGUCGGUGCUACGCGCCUCAUCGGCUAUCAGCUCAUGUACGACUCGAUUUUGUGGAAUAACUUAAAUAUUUCCGUCUCUCAGCUACUACUGUUUGUUUGAACUUCAUUAGAAUGAUGCGUUUAUGCUUAUCUCCUAUUGAUUACUGGAUUAUCAUCUUAAACUGCAUUAUCUGUUAUUUUGACUUACGUAAACAAAAUCCUGCAUUAUUAUUAUAUUUUACAAAAAAAAAACGGGCUGGGCACAUUUUGAUCAUUUUUACAACUCAAACACUUGACUGUCUGUUAAUUGCUGGGAUCUGAUCUCGACAUAAGGCCUGUUGUGUUUGCGCUGUCGAGAAAAGAAAACUAAUCAAAGUUUUUCACGUAUAUCUCAGUGCAGCCUGCGGGAUCGGAUUGGAUGUGGGCGGAGAGAGAUGUUGCGCACUUACCAUAUAUGGAGGCUAUGACGUACAAUGGUUAUGGUUUGGAGUAGGGUGGAGUGGAGCGGAGUAGGGCGUCUUCUUACAUGGUUCAAUGUAGGCCAGGUUGGACAUCUAACCCAGCCUACAUUCAAUCUAGCAGGCUGCAGCGAGAGGCGUCGCAAUUUUUUUUGCCUGUUAUAUAUCUCACACCGCUUGUUGUCUCACUCUGAUCUUUGUUUGCUUCUUUACUUUGGAAAACCGUUGCAAUAAGAAUUUCUCCAGGCUCCAAGGAUUACCCCAUCUGCCAUGACUGUUCUCCAAAUUCACUGCCCAAUCUGUGAGCCUUAUCUGAUUGGCCUUUCAAACACAUUUGCUCAACUGGUACCACCUAACAAAAAAAUGCAACUAAACUUAAGCACAUUUCUGAAAUUGGUCUUCUCACAGAGCAGCCUGCAGCAGAAAGCACUAAACCUCACUAUUCAUGUAAUGCUGCUCUUUAAAGCGAAUAUCACCCCAGGAUUUCUUAUGUAAAUUCAAAAAUAAGUGGCUUCACCCAUUUGCUUUAAACAGUCACGUAACUUGAUUAACGCUAGCAUUAUUUAAUAUGAAGAGCUGGGACGUGAGCACUAUGAAACCACCUUAAGCGAACUCAUAAACACUUCACUUAGGAAAAAAAGAAAGAUAACAAUUAGACUGACUGUGCAUAAUGCCCAGGCCCAAGACAGAAACGUUUUUAACCAAUACAUUUUUGAUUAAAUUGAUCUACUUAUCACGUCAUGAGCUCCCAGAUAUAGUGCAAGUGCUGAAUUUGUGAGGCUGCAUACUGAAUAUCUCAGACUAUUUUUGGCCUGGCUUACAUUCGGCCGCCAACUGCAACAGAUUUAUUCUAACAACACUGUCACUAUGAAGUGUGUAGCUUGGUGAUCUACAGGCUUAAUUCGCAUUUGUAAUUGCAUUAAUGUAUACUGAUUGAUUGACUGAUUGACUGAUUGAUUGAUUGAUUGAUUUGUCUUUAUAUAGUAUUUUUCCUUAAAAUGUUGCUAGGCCACUCUCAUUCCACCUGAAGAAAAAAAAAAGGCCAAAACUAUUCUGAAGAUUGGAACCUCCUUUUAAAUUAUUCCUGGAACAAAACGAACAAAGUACUGUCAAAAUCAGACACUUCCCAGAAGUGAGUUGGGCUCGAACCCAAAUUAGCCCACACGUGAUAAGGCUUAGUAACUGUUGUUUGGCUUGGGAGUCAGGAGAAGGAAAAAUAUGGGAGUGAUCAGAGAAAAUGAGAGUGUUGGCAGGUAUGAGUGCAUUGGAAAUAUUGUUGAAAUAAACUUUUAAAAACUAAA